CAUCAGAUUUUACAUGACGAAGGAAGCGCUAUCAAAGGUACAAAACACCUGCAUCACUUAAGGUGCUAGGAGAGGACCAUCCUGCUGCAGCACAAACAUCUUCCAUCAAAGACCCUUUAAAGAAGGCCUGAGAAGAAGCUUUUGCUCUAGUUGAAUGAACACACACCCCUAGAGGCAAAGUCAACUCACGCGCCUCAUAGGCCAAAGAGAUAACCUCCACUGUCCAAUGUGGCAUAUUCUGUUUGGUGACAGCAGAUCAUCUGCUCUUACCACCAAAAAAACAAAAACAACUGUUUAGAUCCAUGCGACUGUGUUGUGUGGUCAACAUAGAUCAUCAGGUCCCUCACCGGACAGAGACCACCUGAUCCCACAAUAGCAGGAGAGAAAUCCUCUAAAACCACUUGCUGAGAGUGAAACACAGUCGAAGCGGCCUUAGGAACAUAAUCAGGCCUAGGUCGCAGUAAGAAUUUAACCAGCCCGGGGCAAAAUCCAUACACCAAGGGCUGAUAGAAAAGAGCCUGCAGAUCCACUACUUUCUUAAGGGAGGAUAAAGUCACCAAAAGAACCAAUUUGAGGGUUAACAGUUACAAUUGUCCCCAAUGGCUCUGGAAUGAGGGAAAAGCAUUAAGACUGGAUUUGGGCCAUUUGUGGGCCAGGACAUCCACUCCCAGAGGUGACAGGGGAGACGAGGAAAACCAGAGCAGGCAAUGUGUAGUCAUGCUCAAAGCAAACAAGUCCACUUCCACUUGGCCAAACCUCUUCCAUAUGAAACUCACCACCUGGGGGUUUAGUCUCCACUCCCCAGCCUCCAGACUCUAUCUCGAAAGCAAGUCUGCUCCAGAGUUCAGACGACCUGGGACAUGGACUGCUCUGAUCAACAGGAACUUGGUCUGAGCCCAAUGAAGAAUAUACCUAGCCACCCAACCUGCACAAGGUUGCAGGUUGCCCCUUUCUCUAAAAGCAACAAUAGAACGCCCCCACCCGAACUCCUUUCUGAAGGAAAUGGGGUCUCAUCUUUUGGCUAAGAGUGCAAAAGCCUCAGUGUGUCAUCCUGCAGAGCAGUUUACAAAGAGGUUAAAUAUUUUAAUAAUAGUAAGUCUGAAGCAUAAACCUAUGCAGACUAGACGUUCUGUCCAGAACUGACUCAGAGAAACCCGUAAUGACUGCAUACAUGCAAAGCCCCUUUCACACUGCACGUUUGCUUGCUUCAGUGAAAGUAUAACGUGCCUAACGUUUUUGACUCGUACAUUAAACGUCACACCCUGAUGUCACGUGUCGUUACGGGAUAUUUACGGGUUGAGUGUGAAAGCACGCACAUAUCCCGGGGAAUCAUUGGCAGUGUGAAAGUGCAAAAUUGAGCGACCCGGGAACAAUUGGCGGAACACUUUACCCAUGUAUUUGCCAGAAUGGCGGUGUGAAAGGGGCUCAAGAAACAGACGUGCACACAUUGUGUGCACCCCCAAGAAUGUUGUUUGCUGAUAUGGGAGCUGAACGCUUUUUAUAGGUUCACCCACAAUCCCAGGGUUUCCCAUACAUUGAUUUAUUUGUGGCAGGCCACCACAAUAUCAAAACUGACCACCACAAAUAGAUUUUCGAAAAGGCUUUGACUUCAUUGAAUAAACAUGAACACUGGAGGCAAAGGCAGUGUGACGUGGAUUAUGGUAUCUUACAGUCACUGCGAUUUUGCCCAGUAAGACAUGUUCCUGGAUCAACAUCUGAUGAUCCUGGAUCAACAUUUUUGUCCCUACCCCUAAACCUAAUCCUACCCAUAAUUUAUUCCUAAAAUCAGUGGGAAAUGAUAGCUGAUUAACAAGGGUGUAGAAGCACAUAACUCUAGUUGUAAGCUUAAAACAGAUAUUUUCGAAAAGUUAUAUCUCAAUUGUGAUUGGUUGAUUUGAAUGUUGUUCCAGGAUCAACAAGGAUGUUGAUCCGGGAACAUGUUGUACUUGGUGAAAUCACGCUCGCCAGUGUCUUGCAGGUCGUAUGCAUAUAUGAUGGUGAAUGUAUUAAAGAAGCCCCAAGGAGAGAGGUGAAAGAAGAGGUGGAAAUAGACUGUAAGCCAAUCACAUUGCUGCAGAUUCAAGAAAAAGUGCCAAGCUGGAUCCACUUUGAUUUUCUGGCUGAGAAAAUUGUGCCCUUCUGCGUCAUCAUUCCAUGCCCACCACACAGAGAUGCCAUCAUCAUGCAAAGAAUCUGUGCAAAGGAUCAUGGGAGGCUGAAGUGUCCAUCAGUUGUUAAGUAUUGCAUGCCCUCCAUUUAUGAGCAACUAAGUGUAAACACCUGUGUGAUUCUGGAAGUACAGCACAACAGGAGAAUUCCCAGCCAAACCGAUGGGGUUUGUUUAAAUACUCUCGUGCUGUUGGAGUACAAAGAGGAAGAGGAGGAAAUCAGUCUCAACAUUCCACCAAAACCAAAGAAUGAUGGUUUCAGACGGCCUGAAGGGACCAAACAGAACCUGAGGACUGAGAUAUUAAAGAAGAUUCAAGAAGCGUCUGUUCUGCCUGUAGAAAAAAAGCCUAUGAAUGAGAACUUCUCUUGGAAUCUUUACUGAAGACGUUUAACACUCACGGUGCUGUGAAUUACAUAUUUGCUCAGUCUGCAGUUUUAUUACAACAAAUUUACCUCCACUAUGCGACUUUUAUCAUCAUCAUUUGUUACAACAAAGAUAAUAACUAUAAAGAUGAUAUAGUUUUUAAAAAAUUAAAUUAAAUUCAAAAAUAUAAAAUAGUUGGGGCAAAAAGAAUUAAACUAAUUAAGAUAUCUAUUUUUGGUGUUUAUGAACUUUGGUGUCUAUUUUUAAUGCUUUAGCAGGUAAAGAAAUGUUUACAUAAUUA